UAAAGAUGAAUAUUUCAGAAAGAAUUAACACAAAAUGCUGAAAACCUAUUACAAGGUGUAUCAUGUAUGGUAAAUAAAGAAAUGAUGGAUAAAUGCAAAUUUCUUUAUUAAACUGCGUUAAAAAACAGGGCUCGAGAAAGACAAGAAAUGGUUUGAAAAUGAUGAGUUUAUGGAAACAAUUUAGAAAACUGAUUUCAUCCUUUUCUUUUCUCCUCAUUCUUUCCAUCCUUAUCUUUACCAUCAUACACACAACGGAGAACAAAUCUAAAAAGCACCUGAAGAGUAUACGGGUUCAAAUGGUUGGAGACGAAGCUAAAUUCUUUAUUCCGGAGAGAAGACUUGUUCAUUUAGAUUUAAAGGGAGGUCCACCAAAGAUUUCCUUCUUUCAAGAUCUCUUCCCUUUGAUCAGGUUAGCUGGUGGUACAGAUCUAUUGAUAGAAUGGGAAGAUAUGUUCCCUUACACAGGUGUUCUUGCCAAUGCUUCAUCUAAAGUUGCGUACACCGUUCAGGAGGUGAAGAUUAUCCUUGAGCUAGCAGAGAAGAGUAAUCUAUCUGUUAUACCGUUAGUACAAACAUUCGGACACUUAGAACAUCUUCUCAAAAUCAAGGGGAAAAUAUCGUCAUGA